AUGGUUGUUUUCAGUAAACUCUCAGUUUCCUCUGAACACAAGAUGUGGAUACUUGGAGAUCUGGUUCCACCUUUUGGUUUCACCAGUUUUGUUAGUGCAUUGGUUGUUUGUGUUAUUACUUUCUACAUUUUCAAAAAACUAAGUGGAGAUAGAAAUGUUCCAGUAAGAGAUUCAUCUAAAAAUCAUAGCUGGACUGCAAUAAAAAUAACAUCUAAACCCUGGUACUGUUCAAUUUGCGAAUUACUGCUCAUGAAUGGUAUAGGAGUUUACUGUGAUUGUUGUGGAGUAUGUGCAGAUCCAGAAUGUGUUAAGAAAGCUAAUUUGAAAUUGAAAUGUAAAAUCAUAACCAGCAGUAAUGAAAACCAGCAACAUCACUGGGUCAAAGGCAAUUUGCCCUUUGGAGCAGUUUGCACUAAGUGUGAGGAAGAAUGUUCAGUGGAACCUGGUUUAAUUGAUCACCAGUGUUGCUGGUGUCAAAGGACUGUUCAUACUGAAUGCCUUCCUGAAAUUGAUCAGAUUUGUGAUUUUGGACCAUACAGAAAUAUGAUAGUUCCUCCAUGGUGUAUCCAAGUAGCAAGACGUAAAGGAGCCCUGCACAAACACCUACUUCUUAGGGGGGUCAAGGACCCUGGCUGGGAACAUUGGGCCCCCUUGAUUGUUAUUGCAAACAAAAAAUCCGGCAAUAGCGAUGGAGCCUUGGUUCUGUCAGAAUUCAGAAGAUACCUCAAUCCGGUUCAAGUCAUAGAUUUGACAGAGAGAAAACCACCUGCUGCCCUACAAUGGUGUGUUCUACUAGCGCCUAAAGUAGUUAAGAUAUUAGUAGCUGGAGGUGAUGGCACAAUAUCUUGGAUAUUAACGACUUCCCACAAAUUGGAUCUUGACCCUGAACCUCCGUUAGCUAUAAUUCCACUUGGAACUGGCAAUGAUUUGUCCAGAGUAUUGGGAUGGGGAAAAGAAAAUUCCUCAGAUUUGCAGGUAGACAACAUUUUGGAAAAUGUACAAGAUGCAAGACUAUCAGAACUGGAUAGGUGGAAAGUAGAAAUAGUUUCAACUAGACAUUUAGGAUUGAAGUUACCCAGUAAAACUCAUUUUAUGUAUAAUUACAUCAGCAUUGGAGUGGAUGCCCAAGUAGCAUUGAAUUUCCAUAAAACAAGAGAUAGCAUCUUCUAUAUUUAUGGAAGCCGAGUUUUCAAUAAAUUGCUGUACUUGUGCUUCGGUACCCAUCAAGUGGUGACGUCAGACUGCAAGAAUUUAGAGCAACGCGUCGACCUAUACCUCGACGGCAAACUCAUCGAGCUCCCAGAACUCGAAUCCAUCGUCGUGUUGAACAUCUCUUCUUGGGGCGCAGGCGUCAACCUUUGGGGAAUGAGCGGCGAUGGAACAGCAAGAAUGAGUCAGUCGUAUCACGACGGGAUAUUGGAAGUCGUUGGUAUUUACUCGUCCUUCCAUAUGGCCCAGCUACAAGUGGGGAUGUCAUGCCCUGUCAAGUUGGGACAAGCCAAAGUUGUAGAGUUACGUUUGAAACGCAAGGUUCCUAUGCAAAUAGACGGUGAACCAUGGGAACAACAUCCCGGUAAGUUGAAAGUGUCUUUUGUUAACAGGUGUCCCGUACUAGUGAAUAGAAAGAAAUGUGAAUGA